AUGGAGAGAUCUUCAAAAAGAAUUCAUAACGAAGAUGAUUUAACGAAUGUAGAGUUUGAAACAUCGGAAAAUAUUGAUGUGAUUCCAUCGUUCGACUCAAUGUGUCUUCGGGAUGAUCUGUUACGUGGGAUAUACGCUUACGGUUUUGAACGGCCAUCAGCUAUCCAACAAAGGGCCAUAAAACAGAUAGUAAAAGGUCGAGACGUGAUAGCUCAAGCUCAGUCAGGAACUGGGAAAACAGCAACGCUUGGUAUAUCUAUUUUACAAAUGUUGGAUACACAGUUGCGAGAAACUCAAGCUCUUAUAUUAUCUCCAACACGCGAAUUAGCUUCACAAAUACAGAAAGUAAUUCUUGCGUUAGGUGAUUAUAUGAAUGUUCAAUGUCAUGCCUGUUACGGUGGGACUAAUAUUGGAGAAGAUAUCCGAAAGCUGGACUAUGGGCAGCACGUAAUAUCUGGGACUCCAGGUCGUGUAUUCGAUAUGAUACGUCGUCGUAGUUUACGGACAAGAGCAGUCAAAUUGUUUGUUCUCGAUGAAGCCGAUGAAAUGUUAGACAAAGGUUUCAAAGAACAAAUCUAUGAUGUUUAUCGAUAUUUACCGCCUGGAACACAAGUGGUUCUCCUUUCAGCCACAAUGCCACACGAGAUAUUAGAAAUGACAUCAAAAUUCAUGACUAAUCCUAUUCGCAUUUUAGUAAAACGGUAAGUUUCAUUUGAAUGAGAAGUUGUAAAAUUCAGUAGCAAACUUGGUUGCCAAAACAAAACAAGAAUUAAAAAAUUGAACAAUUACUUCAUUUCCAACGCUUUUUUGGCUAUAGCCUGUGGAUGUUGAUACUUAACAUCCACACAGCUUGAUUCUGCGAGAUUUUAUCCCCCCCCCCAUGUUAUAUUAAUAAUCCUUAAACAAAUAUGGCACUCGCCAAGUACACAAAAUCACACACGGAAUUUUUUUCUAUUUUUUUUUAAAUUACAGCUUGAUUCCACACCGUUUUUGGUACAAACAUGGAAUUUUCAGCGUGUGAUAUCAGUAGUCCAAAUUUUGCAGGCCGACCAUUGAUAUCAUGUGUGCGUCGGCAGGGGAUCGAACCCCGGUCCAUGUGCAUGGUAGGCGAGAGUCCUGACCACUGUGCCACCGAAGAACAACUGGCCUAUGCAUACUUUACAAAGUUAGCUGACAUAGGAUUAGGUUGGAAAAGAGUUGAUGGUAAUUUAAUCAAGGUCUUGCAUCAAACCAUGAAGUCCUUGACUUUCAGUCCGAGCCACUCAGACAGGUUUUGACUGCCAGAGUGGCGUUCUCAGAAUGCCAG